AGUUGAAAUCGACACCAGAUAUUUUGGUGCAAUUUGUGGAAGUGCUGCCUCUUCAGCUUAACCAUUACUUUAUUGUUUUCCCUUUCUCAUCUGUCAUCACUCAUUUGCAUUUGUGGGUGUUCAACUUUUUUUAGCAGGAUCAUGAAGACUAAAAGAGGAAAGCGGUCUGAGCCGUUUUGGCCAUCUAUUAUGAUGAAAAAAUGGCUGAAUAUCAAGCCGAAGGUUUAUGAUUUCAGUGAAGAUGAAGUGGACACAGAGAGUGAACGCAGUGAAGAUGAUGUUUGCUCUUGUAAAGAUGAAGGUAUUAUGCUCGAUGAUCAUGUCGAUAGGACGAAGGGAUUUCAAUCUGCUUGCGCAACCAAAACUACAGGAGGUAAACCUUCAACAGCAUUUUCAGCGAAACACAGGAGAAGAAAAUCAGAAACUCUGCGACUUCAGUACAUAAACACAAAAGAUGUGAGAGUAAAUAUAGGUACUUGGAAUGUUGCUGGAAGGUUUCCAGAUGAUGACCUUGAUAUAGACGAAUGGCUCGGUAUGCAAGACCCAGCUGAUAUGUACAUUUUCGGCUUCCAGGAAGUGGUUCCCUUGAGUGCAGGCAAUGUGCUUGUUUCGGAAAGUAGAAUGCCGAUCUCAAAAUGGGAGGCUAUCAUCCGCAGAACAUUGAAUAAGUCAGCAGAACCGGAACCCAAACAUAAAAGCUACAGUGCACCGCCCUCUCCUGUUUUCAGGACUUCCUGUGCUUCGGAUACAUUGGCUGAUGAGGCAGUUAUUCCUGCACUUGACUUAUUCCCCGAUAAUUCUGGAGGCACCACUAUGGACAGUGACUCAAAGGUCUGCGGAGAGGACAUCCAGGCAAAGAGAGUCUCUGAUAUUAUCUGGAACAGCAGAUUGGACUGGCCAGAGCAAUCACUUGAUGCUACAUCUCAUCAAGCUUUAUCGGCAAGGUCGUUACGAAGAGUGCUGAGCAGUUCAGCAAGAAUAGGAUGGAUGAGUAAUGGUCUCACCUCCAGCCCUCAAAAUUUCCCACAGUUGAAGAGAAUGCACCAAAGCUUCGGAAAUCUACGGACAGUUCACAUGGAGGAGCUCGAUGAAGUUGUGGAUUAUCUCUCAGAAGAGUUGGAUGAAAUUCCUGGAGAAGAAGAAGAUUGUUUUAUGGAAAUGUCAGAUUUCAGAAAUGAAGAUGCAAUGUUUAGCACUCCAAAAAAAUCGCAGUCAACGUACGUUAGGAUUGUGAGUAAACAGAUGGUCGGAAUAUACGUGUCAGUGUGGGUGAGGAGAAGGCUAAGGCGACACAUAAACCACUUGAAGGUCUCCCCAGUCGGAGUUGGGCUUAUGGGCUAUAUGGGAAACAAGGGUUCUGUGUCCAUAAGCAUGUCACUCUUCCAUAGUCGUCUAUGCUUUGUCUGCUCUCAUCUAACCUCUGGUGAGAAGUAUGGAGCCGAACAUAGGCGUAACUCUGAUGUUCUUGAAAUCAUAAGGCGGACUCAUUUCUCAACGCUCUUCGACAUUGAUCAGCCACAGACAAUCCCAUCUCACGACAAGAUAUUCUGGUUUGGAGAUUUGAAUUAUCGGAUCAAUAUGUCGGAUUCAGAAGUGAGAAAGUUGGUCGAAAAGAAGCAGUGGGCUGUGCUUCUCAACCACGAUCAGUUGAGCAAUGAACUCAGAAAUGGACAUGUGUUUGAUGGAUGGAAAGAGGGGAUGAUCAACUUUGCCCCAACUUACAAGUAUGAGAUCAACUCUGACAGAUAUGUUGGUCAAAACCCUAAAGGAGAGAAAAAGAGAUCCCCGGCAUGGUGUGACCGUAUACUUUGGUUUGGUAAAGGCAUUAAGCAGCUAUGUUACAAUCGAUCGGAGAUGAGGCUCUCGGAUCAUCGAGCUGUGAGCUCUUCGUUUGUGGUUGAAGUUGAGAUAUUUGAUCAACGAAAGCUUAAAAAGGCACUCAACUAUUCAAGUGCCGCAGUACAUCCUGUUUUGUUCCUCGACCAACCUCAAGAAUAUUUUUAGCCUUGAGAUUCAUAGCUAGAGUUCAUAGUUUUUGUGAUGAGUUUCAGCGUCUGGUUUGCCUCUAUUUGAGCAUCAAUGUUUUGUAAUAAAAGACAACAUAUCAAAUAUCAAUAUUCUUGUAUA